ACACAUGUCGUCCGGCGUGUGUGCCAGUUUCGCCACAAAUGGCGACAUGCUGGCAGUUGCCUCGGCAGAUGGUCGCGUACGUGUAUGGGAUGCAAAAUCAGGAGACGUUCGCCACGAUUUUUUACCUGAAGACCUCGCUGGGGCAGCAGUCACAUGUUUGGAGUGGAGAGCAGAAGCUGCGGCUGGGGAGCUGGGAAGUGAUGGGAUGCUGAUGUCUAGGAGAAAACGCUCAAGAGCUCACACCAAGUAUGAUAGAGUUAUUGCUGGAGGAACGUUGUCUGGUAACAUUGUUGUUCUCAAUGUCGAUCAAGGCACCAGUGAUUGCACAUUAGUAAGAAUAUAUAUGUUUCUUUGA